GGAGAGGGAGCAGGAUCCCGGGAUCGGGAUCGGGAUCGGGAUCGGGAUGAGUGCAAUGGUACGCUCUCUGAGUGUAGUACGUCUUGGGCUUACGCGCUAUGCGCCGAUGAUCAGGUUGAUGGAGGCUUUGGCCGAUCGGAGGCGGGAUGGGCUGAUUGGAGAGUCGUUGCUGACUCUGCAGCAUCAUCCUGUUUACACUAUGGGCAAACGACCGACGGAGCACCACAUCCUGGUCAGCGACGAGAAGCUGCGUGAGCUGGGCGCCGAAGUGCAUAAGGUGCCACGUGGCGGCGAAGUCACGUUCCACGGACCUGGUCAGAUCGUCUGUUACCCUAUAAUCAGUCUCCGAGAACUUCGGCUUGGUCCUCGAGCUUACGUGGAAGCGCUAGAGGACGUAAUGGUCGACGUGGCAGCCUUGUAUGGCGUGCAAGCACGUGGACGUCUCUCCCAUAUGACCGGCGUUUGGGUAGGUGAUCGGAAGAUUGGGGCCAUAGGCAUCCGUGUGUCUAGGGGGGGUAUUACGACCCACGGCCUCGCUUUCAACGUGAACCCUAAUCUUGAGUUCUACAAGCACAUUAUCCCUUGUGGAAUGGAGGGCAAAGGAGUGACGUCGCUGCAGGUAGAGUGCGCAGAGAGAGAGGUGGUGGAUCCCAGCGUGGUUAGGGAGCAGCUUGUGGCAUCGUUUAUGAAGCGCCUUAACUUGCACGAACGAACGGACGAGGCCUCCAACCUCCACGUGGUCGCCUCUGACGUUCUACAAGAAGCUGACGUGGAGAUACGUUAAACGGAGAGACGAUGACGUGGACAUUCAUGUUCUCGUGCCAAUCAAGUCCGCGCGGAAGUUAAGAGUCCUCUGCUCUGAUCGGCAAUCUAAUCGCUUUCUGAGCACACAGAGCCCAACCUAUCUGUGAAUGGUCUGAGACGGCAGCAUUCCGCCGGUCCACUAUUACACUCAUGCAGAGGACAGGACACUGAAGACGGGACCGAAGAGCUGGCUAGCGUUGUGUCAGUCUCACUUUCGUGUAACUUGACUAGCAUCUGUGUAGGUGUUGCAAAGCUAUGGGAGCACUGCGAGAGCCCUCCCGAUCAGAUGGCCAACCAGCAUUGCCGGAGUUUCAUGGUAAAAGGAGGUCUUGCUUCUCUCAUGCUGUGAAUGUUUCACUUGUCCAACUGCUGUAUAAAUGUUGAUGGAAAGUUAAUCACGAUAAGUUAAUCACGAUAAUAAAUGAGCAUGAGCUAA